AUGGACCCACUUCCCUCCGUCGACUAUGCGUACAACCUGAUUCAGCAGGAGGAGACACGACUUCGAGUGUUACAACAGGCAAACACCGGCGGAGCAGCUGCCAUGGAUGGAAUUGGAACUGGCCUCGCCAUCCGAGGGUGGCAGAACCCUACCGGCGGCUCUCAGGGUGGCGGUCGCGGCAGCAACGGUGGUGGUCGCGGCAGCAACAGUGGUGGUCGCGGCAGUGAUUGGUGGGAAGAGAAGCACGGCAAGCCGCCGCAACCGCAAACACCAUGGAACCGUGGCGGGCACGCCGCCGCAGCAGUUGGAGGCGACGGAGGCAACGCCGUGCAGGGGGUCGCGCAAACCGCCGGUGCUGUCCAGCCAGGAGGAAGGACCAGAAAUGAAGCUGCUCAGCCGGCGAAUACAACCGGGGCAGCAAACUUCGUUGCCAGCGGAAGUGGGAGUGUAAUUCAUGAUUGGAGUGAAGAAUUGAUGAGGGGAGAGGCGGCGCCCGAUUCAGAUAAUUGUUUGGCUAACACUGUAAGUGCAGAAAAAAAUUCAAUUGAGGCCGAAGAAAGGGAAAUUGAGGAAGUCGAGGUCGAAGGAGUUGACCCUGACACUGGGAGGUACAUACUUCCACCAAGGUCAAACAGAGGAGUUCCACCCAAAAGAUAG